AUGACAAAAGUGUACUCGGAGGAACAGCCCGUAGCCGGUAAGAGUCAUGUGGUGUUAACCGUAUGGAAGAAGUCUCUGCUCUACAACUGCAAUGGAUUUACCGUGAUUGAUUCCAACGGCAAUCUGGUCUAUCGAGUAGACAACUAUGCCGACCAAAGAAAAAGUGAUGAGAUCGUUCUCAUGAAUGCUUCUGGCCGUCCUCUAUUUACUGUUCAUCGCAAGAGGUUAAGCCUAUCGGACAACUGGCUAGUGUAUGAAGGAGACAACAUGGUUAAACCACGGUUUUCUGUAAAGAAGCAUAUGAACCCUCUCAACACCACUUCCCUUGCUUCCGUAAGCACGGUAGUUGAAUCUUCAAAUUACAACAAUAGCAACUCUAAGAAUGCCAAUUACGAGAUUGAACGAUCAUACACUAGGAAAUGUUGUGCCAUGUAUGAUGAUAGGCGGCGUUGUGUAGCUGAAAUCAGGCUUAAGGAAACAAAUGGAGGGGUUGCACUUGGCGGAGACGUAUUCCAACUGGUUGUACACCCAGCUGUAACUGAUCCUGCCAUUGUCAUGGCCAUGGUAAUCGUCUUGGAUCAAAUGUUUGGUUCCUCAAGCAGACACUUUUGUACUUAG